CUCACUUCCCUUUUCUCCUCUGCUGGCUCCAGUUGGGUAACGUUGAUUUCAGUUUGCUUCAGUUCCUGUUGGUUGCAGGAGGAAAAUGUGCUGCAGCAGCUUGAGCUUUCGUCUUCUCUCUUUUUUCUUCAAACCAACACUUGCCGUGAGGUCUGGAUAAUGUGUUCCAUCAAAGUUUUAUUUAUUUUUGCUGCAGGCAUCAGUUUCUGUAAAGGCCUGCGUGACAUCUGCAAUGUCGAACCCAAAGAUGUGUACAUCGAAGUGGGCGCCAGCGUCCAGAUAGUGUGCCAGUCUUCGUGUGUGAGCGGCAACAUCUUUUGGACUCUGAACGACAAACCCGUCAGCGAAAAUCUGACGCACAGUUUUAACUCCACGCACGUUUUGUCUUUGAGAAACUUCACCAACACGAAGGCAACACUGCAGUGUUACAGUUCACUGAAUCAUCAAGCACUUGGCGGCACCAUCAUCAAAACCUUCACACGGCCUAAAAACGUAUCGUGUGUUUUGUAUUAUAAAACCCAAUCAUCCGGUGUCCCUGAUAGCUUCACAUGCAGAUGGGAUCAUCAGACAAGUCCUUCACUCAAAAUAAAAUACACCGUAUUUAUGGGCACCACUUCUGAAAACCUUAGAGAAAUUUGCAGCUCCCAAGUCACAAACUGCACAACUGGACAGAUUUUUAACCUCAUUGAUGAUUAUUUUGUUACUGUCAGAGCUAAAACUUCUGCUUGGGAGACGGACUCUGAUCCUUACAUGUUUGCCACUGAAGACAUAAUAAAAAUUGCGCCCCCGGUGGUGACUGUGACCCCCUCCUCGGAUCGUCUGUUGGUUGAAUGGACCGUCCAUUUAUCCUUCUCUCAACUAAAGUGUCCCUGUCAAGUGAAAUACUCUAAGGCUUUGCUGCCAAACAAUGAAACUCCAGAGCUGGUUUCCGUAACUGUUCAGAAUCUCAGUAUUAAAGAAGUGGAAUCCUGCAGGAACUACACAGUUUCUGUUCGAUGUGCACAAGGAGUUGCUCCUUGGAGUGACUGGAGCCCGGAAAAGACAAUUCUGACCAAACUAAACAAGCGUCAGAUUAGGCUGCGCAUGUGGAGAAAAGUGGCGGCGGAGGGGGAAGACGGAAAAAGAAAAGUCCAUCUCAUGUGGACGGGCAUCCCCUCAACAUGUGACGAGUCAUUAAACUACACCAUUAAACAAACUUCCUACACGAAGAACAAGAUCGUUGGAAACUAUACCCAUGCUUCCUGUGGGAGCCCAGCUUGUGACGUUGAAGUGGACCAACAUGCACAUAAAUUAUUCCUCACGAUGUCCAAUGAUGAAGGCCUGAUAGUGGAGAAGUCUGUUUAUGUUCCAGCCAAGGAAGAGAGUCUUCCACAAAUCACCGACAUCCAGACCUCAGAGCGUGAAGGCGACAUCCAGGUCAGCUGGAUGGCGCCUGCUCAGCCUGUCAGCGGUUACAUAAUUGACUGGACCCACAAUGGAAAGCAGUACAACUGGAUGAGGAGCGCGUUCACUAAUGCAACUCUGUUUGACUUAGUGAACAGAACUGAAUAUAACAUCACGGUGACGCCCCUCCUCGAGGACAGAACGGGUCGAAGCUCAGAGGCUCUGCAGAUCUGCUCCAGCAGAGGAGUUCCAGAGAAUGUUGUCAUCAGAGAUGUCCAGACCUCCAACACCGGCGCUUUGGUGAACUGGCACACAGAGUCCAGGUACCCGUGCAGCGGGGUUGUCAGCUUCACAGUUCUGUACGAGAUGCAAAACGGACCACUGCUCAAUGUUACUGUAGAUGGAACAAAACACGACAUAUUUUUAAAAGAUCUGCAGCCAGGGACUCAAUACAGUGUCUCCGUUGAGGCUAAAGGUCACGAUGGGACAACCACGAGCAGAAACAGCUUUUUUAUCACCCAGAAAUUUGAUCCAAGACUGUUGAAGGUUCUGACCGCGUGUGGGAGCAUCCUGGUUCUUCUGGUGUUGUUUCUUCUGUUGUGCUGCGCCAUCAAGUGGAGGAAGUUUAUGGAGAAGCCCAUCCCAAAUCCAGGCCUCAGCUCUGUGGCGAAGUGGCUCUCGCAAAAUCAUCACAAGGCGUGGUUCUUCCAGCCGUUCACUCAUCACCCCGAAAACAUCUGUGACCAGGUCUUUACCGAGGAAACCCGAAGAGCAAACACGUCUUCCCUCGCUCCCACCGGUUACGGUAACAAAGCCAGUCAGCACUCAGACGAGUACUGCGACCCGUCCGCCACCCUCGCUUCUGACGAAUCGUCUGAGCCUACCGAGACGCAGCGCCUCUCUUCUCCCGAGGAAUCCAUCUCAUCCUUUUCCACGGAGAGCAGCUCCAUCAACCCGUAUCGAAGUCAGAGUUCGGCGGAGAUCUCGAUGCCAAGAAGCGACAAACUGAGUCAGGGUGAUUCAGGCCGAGCGCAGGAAAAGACAGCGCCAAAGUGUGUGUAUGUCAGUUUAAACAUGUUGGAACAGGGUAAUGUCAGGUGAGCGUCGGGAAAACAAAACCCAAACUGGAGUCCAGAUGAGUCAUUCAGCUUUGGAGCAGGGAAUGACAGCAGGUAGACUGACUGGAAACUUGUGUCAGUGGAAGUAAAUGUGGGUUUAAAGAAAAGACGUUUAUAUUGAAACAUCUCGUUUUCAACUGUUCAUCCCUCCAGCAACCACUUGUUGAUGUUAUUUAAGGGGCUGGAUUUAAUGCGUGCCACUGUGACAAUACUUACUCCAACACUGACUUAAUGCAAGUAGUUCUCAAAACAGGUUUUGCAACAGAAAAAAAAAUGUUUGGAUAAUGAAGCAGAAGACUGAAUCUUUAACACAGUCAAAACAUUCAACAGGCUGUUGCAGCACUGUCAAAUGGAGCGAUAUAUUUAGUCAAUAGCAUCUCAUAAUAUGCUAAGCAAUGUUUUGUUUACACAGAUACAGCAUAAGCUAACCAAGUUGUCAGUGUUUUAUUACAUUACAACAUGUAAUAUAGUUGUACAAUAUUGCAAAAUAAAGCAUGCAUUUGUGUGUGAAAUGGUCAUGAGCAAAUAUGAAUAAACAUCAGAUAAAACAAUG